CGUGAGUAGUUGGAGAUUCUUCAUUCCUUUGUCGCAUCAUGGCUGCUGGAUCCCCUGUGAGUGCCACCGAGCUUCCACUUGACUUGGUGAACCCACCAGUUUCAGCCGACGAGCCUUUGGAUGCUCGCGACAUUGAAUUGGUGCAAACCACUUUCAAGAAGGUGGCGGAAGUGGGUCCUGAAGCAGCAGGCCGAAUCCUCUUUGGCCACAUCUUCCGGAUUGCACCGGAAGCCAAAGAACUUUUCUCCUUUGCCAAAGAUGAGGAGACAAUGUGGUUGCCGGGAAGCAAAUUGGAGAAGCAUGGCGCAAGGGUUGUGAACACAGUUGCCACUGCAGUGUCCAUGCUGAACGACCUUGAGGCACUUGUCCCUGUUUUGCAGCGUUUGGGCCUGCAGCACGUGGGAUACAAGGUCUUGCCACCUCACUAUGAAGUGGUGGGCCAAGCAUUCAUCGCAACCCUUGACGAUGCCUUGCAAACCGAGUUUACCGAAGCUGUGAAGAACGCCUAUCUGAAGGUAUGGAAGAUUGUGCAGGCCACCAUGAUUGGAGAGAAUUAUGCCUGAGUGACUCUCAGACUCUCAGCGCUUCUUUAUGCAAGUUCUCCCAUGUUUUAAGCGCUUCCUGUUGGAAACAGGACGUGGAUGCCAAGGCUUUUGGGCUUUUGGGCUUUUGGGCCUUGGAUAGUGAUUUCAAAAGACCCAUGCUCGUGCUGAGCAAGUUGAACAAUGGUUUAAGACCUUGUCUUGUUUCUUGAUUUUUUUUGAUCUUCGGAGCGAUGUUAGUCAUCAGCUCCGCGCAGUUUGCGGAGAGACGCAAUGCCAAAAUGUGA